GCAGAUAAUGGCUGUGUUAUACAUAGACAUUUGAAAACAGCUUAAACUACACAUACACUCUACGUCUCGCUGUUGAGCGUUCUCUGAGUUUCACCACCGAGACCAGCCGUUUUUGGUACACCGGCUUGCUCCGCCUCCGCUUCUGUAUUAGACUAUCGCAAAGGGAGCUUGAACCCAGCAGCGGCCAACCAUGGCCAACAUCCAACAAUGGUUUGCUAGCAUUGACAUAGACAGGAGUGGCGAGCUGGACGUCAAGGAGCUGCAGCGGGCCCUCUCAAUGGGCAACCUGCACUUCGGCAUUUCAGACGUGGACCAGAUGAUUAGAGCUUUCGACACGCGCGGGCGCAGGCGGUUAAGCUUUCCCGAGUUUCAGCGCUUGCACGAGUUCCUGGUUAACAUUCAGAACAGCUUCGCGUACUUCGAUGCGGAUCGCAGCCGGACGCUCCAAACCAACGAGGUGCAGCAGGCCCUCAACCACGCAGGCUUCCGGCUGGACCCGCCCGUGCUUGCGGCCAUGAUGUCGCGGCACGACCCCGACAACUCGGGCACCCUGUCGCUGGACGAGUACAUCCGCAUGUGCCUGUUCCUGCAGUCCUGCGUGCGCACCUUCACGGCCUUCGACCAGCAGCGGACAGGCAAGAUCACCCUUGACUUCAACCAGUGGGUGUACGCCGCGUCCCACGUGGCCUAAGGCCGCUCGCGGCCUGAGCUGGGCGUCAGGCGGAACACACCGCGUCGGUGGAGCUGGGAAGCCGCCGGCGAGAGGGGUUGGGGAAGGAGGGAGCACAAGGACUGCAUUGAGAGCGUGAGGAGCUGUUGACAUCGCACGGCAUGCCAACCGUUUGCCCGUGCGCACUCGUUUGUGAGGGUUUGAAGCAGAGCGUGAUACCAGGCAUGGGCGCAUUGGAUUGCCUGUGCGAGGUUGGGUCGCAACUUGUUUGAUUGGCGUCCGGAACAUGCUGGUACGGCGUGCGGGCCUUCGGCCUUGGCGCUGUUGUGUAUCCGGCGCUCUCUUUGUUUCGUGGGCUGUCACUUUCCUUUGAUCAAGAUCGGGUGCUGUCAGAGCUCGGUCCAGCACAAGCACCUUGGCGUGUCGAGAGCUACACCUGCCACGGUAUAGCUUGCUUGUCUAGGUGACACAAGAGGAUUCGAUUUUGUCGUGUACGGUGUACUCUUUGUCUGCCACGUACUGCUGCGUCAUACGACGCUGAUUUGGGUUUGAUUACAGCGACGGGGUACUGGUGCAAUGCGCAUGGAGUGAGAGGAUACGGUAAAGGAACUGCAGAGGUCAGUGUGUAGAACGCCACGCGCUGCGGCCGCGGUGAAGUGACAUGUAACAUGUGCGCGCAUGGCUUCAGGCAACAUUGCCGAUGGCAAGCUUCCUUCCUGAAGGUAAUGGG